ACGCUUCUCUCGCGCCCUCUGCAGGAACCUGAGCCGAGGGCCGCCCCGCCUCGCUGCCCCCAGGCUCAUAAAUGGCCUCUGCGCCCUGGCCGGAGCGGGUUCCGAGGCUGCUCGCUCGGCGGUUACCCCCUUACCCGCCCCCACCCCCAACAGUGGGAUUACCGUCCAUGGAGCAGGAGGAGACCUACCUGGAGCUCUACCUGGACCAGUGCGCCGCUCAGGAUGGCCUUGCCCCACCCAGGUCUCCCCUGUUCAGCCCAGUUGUACCUUAUGAUAUGUACAUACUGAAUGCAUCCAAUCCGGAUACUGCAUUUAAUUCGAACCCUGAAGUCAAAGAAACAUCUGGUGAUUUCUCAUCUGUGGAUCUUAGCUUCCUACCAGAUGAAGUUACCCAAGAAAAUAAAGACCAGCCUGUCAUUAACAAACACGAAACUGAAGAAAAUUCUGAAAGCCAAAGUCCACAAAGUAGGUUGCCAUCACCCAGCGAACAGGACGUUGGGCUGGGCUUAAACAGCAGCAGUUUGUCAAAUUCCCAUUCACAGCUGCACCCUGGUGAUACUGACUCAGUCCAGCCCUCUCCUGAGAAACCAAACUCCGACUCCUUGUCUCUGGCAUCCAUAACUCCCAUGACACCAAUGACCCCUAUUUCAGAAUGUUGUGGAAUUGUACCUCAACUACAGAAUAUAGUUUCCACUGUAAACCUGGCCUGUAAGUUGGAUCUGAAGAAAAUAGCUUUGCAUGCAAAAAAUGCAGAAUAUAACCCAAAGAGGUUUGCUGCUGUCAUAAUGAGGAUCCGAGAGCCCAGGACAACAGCCCUUAUAUUUAGCUCUGGGAAGAUGGUCUGCACGGGAGCCAAAAGUGAAGAGCAGUCUCGACUUGCAGCAAGAAAAUAUGCUCGUGUGGUGCAGAAGCUUGGGUUCCCUGCCAGAUUCCUCGAUUUUAAAAUUCAGAACAUGGUUGGAAGCUGUGAUGUGAGAUUUUCCAUCAGGCUGGAAGGUUUGGUGCUAACCCAUCAGCAGUUCAGUAGUUACGAGCCUGAACUGUUUCCUGGUCUUAUUUAUAGAAUGGUAAAACCACGAAUUGUGUUGCUUAUCUUUGUAUCUGGAAAAGUUGUGUUGACAGGUGCCAAAGAACGUUCUGAGAUCUAUGAAGCAUUUGAAAACAUCUAUCCUAUUCUAAAAGGUUUUAAAAAAGCCUGAGCAUAUCAUUCAACAUCUCACAUUAUUCUGGUUUGAAUAUGUACAUAAGCCCAGCACAGUAACAGCUGGAUUCUUCUACCUUUAAUUGUAGAUGUUCCAAGUACGUUACUUAUUAAAGGGUGACUCUGUGUAAGUAACCUAAGAAACGAAGAAAAAUUCUUAUUCAAAAUGACUCCUUCUGUGUUAUUUUAAAAACUGAACAAGUAAACACUUCAAAAUUUG